AUGGUGAAACACCAUAAAGAAAUACCUGCUAGAAAUGUGAUGCCAUCCCAUGAUUCCUUGCAUUUCUCAUGUUUAAGAGAAUUAAGGAUCAGUAGUUUGGGUAAUACGCCGAUGCGUAUACAUUUACCACAGCAGUAUAUAUGUGACCCAGGAACAAAAUAUGGGUCGCUGAUCAUUCAAGACAAAUUUAUUGGCUUUAAAGUACGAAAAAUCAAAUAUGGUCACUCUUGUGCAAAAGCUUAUCCAGGGAAGGAAUACUUUGAAAUGAACUCUCGCCAGGCAAACAACUUUGCUACCUUUAAGUUGCUUGAAAGAGAGAGUUUGGAUAUUAUCCAAAUACUUUUGAUUGACCAGCAGUCGGUAAAUCAAUUGAUCAAUUUUACAAGAGCUUCCGAUCAUGUUUCACUGUAUAAUGUCAAAGGAUUAGGUGAUUUAACAAGCAGGCAAGGCGAUUUUGAUUUGCUAACUCAACUCUCUUCCCUCAUUUUGAAACGAAUAGUUUUGUUAACAUUUGCAAUAAUCAGGAAUACGACAGCAAUUUCAGUUUGUCCAGUAAAAUUAAAUUAUAUAGCUGCAAUUUCUCUUUAA